AUGGGCCUUAAUAAUUAUUAUGAUUAUUUCGCAUUUGGCUAUAUGCUUGGAACUAUGUGCUUAGGUAUUUAUCUACUUUAUAUAGCUUAUUAUUAUCUUUUAAAAAUAGAUGCAAAUAGAAAAUUUAAUUUUCUUACUAUGUACAGUAAAAAUGAUAAAUUACCUGUUACUUUAAAAAGUACGGACAUACAAUUAGCAGAAAACUGUAAAGAAUUCUCAGAGACUACACGCCAAAUAUCUGAUUUUAACGAUAAGAAUUUUUUUAAAUGAUUAGCUGGAAUUAUAGAUGGGGAUGGUAAUUUUGACGUUAGAAAUAUUAAUUCGGCGGACCCCGCCCCCCUUCGGGGGCGGGGGCCCAAAUUAGUUUUAAAAGCUAUUAGAAUUAAAUUACAUAAUAGAGAUAUUAGAAUACUAAAUCGUAUUCAAAAUACAUUACAUAUAGGAAGAAUUAGAUCUGAUAAUAAUAAACCGUAUUCUAUAUGAAUAAUUAGUAAAAAAGAAGAAAUGUUAUUUUUAAUAAAUAAUAUUAAUGGUUUGAUUAGACUUAAAGUUCCAGGAUUAAAAAAAUCUUGUGAUUAUUUAGGUAUAGAUUAUAUAGAAGCUGAUUAUAAUAUUCAGGCUAAUGAUCCUUAUUUAUCUGGAUUAGUUGAUACAGAUGGUAGUAUUGUUUUUAAUUACACUGGAAAUAGAAUUGAAUGUAAUUUAGAAUUUGAACAUAACGAGUAUACUAGUAAACUUAAUUUAAAUAACGUUAUCCCUAACUAUAAACCUUCAGUGGUUUUUAGAGAAUCUAGAAAUACUAUAGCAUUUAGAUAUCAAAAUGUAAAAGAAAUGGUAUUUUUAUAUGAUUACUUUAUGAAAAAUAGAUUAUAUUCUGAUUUUAAAUUUUAUAGAGUAUCAAAAAUAAAAGGGUUUAUUCUUAUAAGAAGUUAUAAAAAUGACCCUAAAGAUAGUUUAGAAUUUAAAAAAUAUUCAGAUUUUGUUUUAGAUUGAAUUCAAUACAAAAAUCCUAUUUGACAUAAGGUAACAUUUAUAGAUAAAAUCAGAUAA